UUUUUUCACGCUCAAAUGCUAGAUUUCUUGGACUAGAUGCUGAAUGCACUACCACGAUCAUGGAUCAGUGAGUCUACGUGUAAAAAACGGGAGAGUUAGCAUGCAUUCGAUUUCAAGAUAACGUGGCAAGAAACUCAUUCGUAUGCUAAAUCGAAAACGAGGCUUGAGACUGCUACCAAGGAAGGGUAUCAUGUCGGACCGAGAGAGUGGGGAUGAGCAGCCUCAACAGCCAGGCAAGUCAGGCCAGCAAAAUGAACAGGAACUGGCAACGAAGAUGCUCCAGAUUCAGUCCAAGCGGUUCUACUUGGACGUGAAACAGAACAAGCGAGGGAGAUUCAUAAAAGUAGCUGAGGUUGGUGCCGGCGGGAAGAAGAGUCGUCUGCUCCUGUCCAUGUCAACUGCUGCCGAGUUUAGGGAUCAUCUAACAGAAUUCAGUGAACACUAUGCAUCUUUGGGUCCACCAAAUCCUGACAAUCUUCCUGAAGAUGGAAAGUUAAAAAGCGAGACAAUGGUCAAAGAGAACCGACGUUAUUACUUGGAUUUGAAAGAAAAUGCUCGUGGUCGGUUUCUACGAGUAAGUGUGUCCCAGACGAUCCCUCGUGGUGGCCCCCGUUCGCAGAUUGCUAUCCCCGCCCAAGGCAUCAUCGAGUUCCGUGAUGCUCUUACAGAACUUUUGGACGAGUUCGGGACGGAUGAUGGCACUUUCUUUGCAGGUUAUCAAGGUGAUUUGCCAGAGGGACGCCACAUGAGGGUAGAAAAUAAAAACUUCUACUUCGACAUAGGUUCUAACCAUAGGGGUGUAUACAUGCGUAUAUCUGAGGUAAAGAAUAAUUUUCGCACUGCCAUCACCAUUCCCGAGAAGUCGUGGGGCCGCUUUCGUGACAUCUUCGCCGACUACGUUGAGAAGAUGACUGAGAGUCAGGAUGCCCCCGAACGGGCGCAGCAGCAGUCGGGCAAGUCUAGCACCGACGCGGAGGACGCGGACGCUGAGGGUGAGGCGCGAGAGUGAGUGCCACCUAGUGUAGGAGUAUGCAGGCGCAGCAGGCGAGGGCAGGGGGGUGUGCGCACGACCACUUGCCGACACUCUGUCUCGCCUAGAACUCUCUGCUGUCUUGUCUGGCUGCCGUUUCUCAUUGAGGCCUCGUUGCGGCAGCGCCGAUGCAGCAGCGCCCUCUGGGUGGUUUGAUCGUGCGCGGGUGAUGGCGAGGAGAAACGGUCGGCAAGAAGGCGCUUAAGGCAAGAGUUUGGGUAGAAAGUGGGUUGGUCGCCGGCACCACCUAGUGGAGCUCUGCUGUCCCUCGUGCUGUGCUAUUGUCAACGCCAAUGUCAUGCUUUCUCUGCAGACGAGUGAGUCGAUGGUGCACUGCGCGGGGCCUCGUCACCCCACCAUCCACCAACCCCCCACAACACUUCUCCUUCUUUCGGUAUGAGUUUUCGGUAGUAGAAUUUUCACGUGUGUUUGUGUGCCCGUCGUAUUAGAUAUAUUAGGAGAGCCGCCGUCGCCUGCAGCGCCUGGCCCCACGCGUGCACCACGCUCACUCUACGAGUGCACAAUUGUCCACUAUGAUCAGCUAAAGGUAAAAAGACUUUUUAUACCAGAUUCAAUUCUGUAUUAGAAAAAUCUGUGAUGGAUUGCGACGUGUUGCAUUUUGUGGAGCACACGUAGGAGGUAGAUAAAUCGAACAUUACGCGUUCAAAAGCGCGUGCGAGAUCAGCAAGCUUGACUUUCACAGCAAGAUUGAUGUUCGUACACAAAGAGAUCUACUGGCGGAAUGGCCAGCCACAAAUGCAUUGGUCUGGUCUGGUUGGCCACGCCCACGAUUUGAGAAGGUAUACGUGACAUGGUAGAAAGGGUUACGAGCGCGUCGUCGUGACAACCAUGUCACGGCGUCGCCGCUCGGUUCCACAAUAACGGAAAAUGAUCAAUUCUUUUUUCACAUUGACAGUUUUAUUAUCCAGUGGAUAUCUGUAUCUAGUAAAAUUCUGAGUACGCAUCUCCAGUCCUUAUUUUCACCCCCAUGUGCCACUGUGACUUUAGUUGAAUAGGUUUUGUUUCUCUGCUUUCUCCUCCUCCUCUUCUUCUUCAUCGGUCAACUCCGUUAUGGUUUGGUUGUACGUGCAGCCUGUGAGGAUACUUGCUUGUGCAUUGCGACACGGAAAGGUGCCGUAGCUAUAUCCACCGUAGUCCGUUGGAUAUGCAGGAAUUUUUUAGUUAGGAUUGUCAUUACAUGAGUUGAACCGUUUUGCCGGCUGUGGUAAGGGUAGACGAAGUAAUUUAGUGUUGAUAAUGUAUGAAUUUGAUUCGAGUCUCUGCGUUUAUUCGGGAAUUGGUUCCAAGUUGGAGGAAGCGUUUGCAAUGUACAGGUGCUGUAACAUCUCAGUAUGCUCCAUUUAUCACGCUCUUCCCAUAUCCAUGUUCCUUUAAAAUCAUGAACUCGGUGCUGGAACGUCCAGCGAAUUCUAAAUUCGAAUAUUUUGUUUUUGCUGUGGCUGGCUGGCGAGAUUGCACGCGAUUCUGUGAUGCCCAGGCAAGUACCAUCAGGACGAUGAGAAGAAACUGUAGUAGCUACAUGUACAAUCAUGUUGUAUCUCGUGACCGUCAGUGCGUCGUUGAUAUUUAUGCUCUAGGAAUGGAUAUAAGUUGUUUGAUUCACAGGGGUUAUCGUUAUUAUAAUUAUGGUGACUGUUUAGUGGUUAUUGACACAGCAUACUAUCACGUUUGUGUCCACGCCCUGCUUAAGGAGUCUAGUUUGCAUUGGAUUGGAUGGUUAAUUGUGCAUUGCACCUAGCUGUAUCGCAUACGAGCAUAUGAAGUCAUAGGCAUUAUAAAGGGAAGGUUAAGCCAAGGUUGAAGUACAUAGCUAUGCGAGAGAGUAUUCUUUCUGAAUGUCUGAGUGUGUUAAAUAAUAUAAGGUUUCGAUUAUUGUAACCAGGAAAAUCAUAGGUAUUUCACCCUUCUUACUACGUUGGAGUCCUGAUGUUUCUAAUGAAUUUUAUUUUGAGAGGUAUUUCCGAGCCAGCCUCAAUGAGGUGUCAGGUGGUUGCCCAUAACCCCGGUGUUAUCGCGUAGUAUAUGUAGUUAUUACCACUGCGUGCUGCCACUGUUGAGGCGUGCGCACACGCGUAGCGUGCACUCUAUUCUCGCGAGAUUCUGCGAGAGACGUUCUGAGAGGGCGCUUAGAGCUCCCGCCGUUGUUCUGCCACGUUGAUGGUCGGGUUUUGUUCGGGAUGGUUUGGUGCGGCUGCAGCUGCGUGGCCUGCAGGCGCGUGCUGCACGUUGUCGUGGCGACGCAGGCCUGUCGAGCUGCGAAAUGAUCGUUUGUCCUUCUAGUCUGUUGCUGACAGCGAAACCGAGCAGUCGAGGUCAACCGACGGAACCUGCACGUUACAUUGUCGCUGCCGAAAAUCAACGGUCCCGCUAUAUACUUGAGUCUAGUGCCGUGUUUGUUGUGUUUUCCAUUUUUAAGUGAACGAUUGUUAUCGGUUGGAUUCCACCCACGCGCCCCCCACCCACCCCACAUGUGAUUCAAAAUAUGUUCUGGUUGGUUGAGUUCGUUUAUGCCGGGGUCAGUUUGUGCGAGAUUAAGAAACACCCAUGUCGGCAUACCCUGAUGAACGCCCCUGGAGGCUGCUUUGCAGCAGCAAAGAGGCGAGAAGGGAUAGUUAUAUUUGCGAGCAGGUUAUUAAUAUUAUUGCAUGGAAACAUCUUUUAUCCUAUACCGUUGGAAGGUGUUACGUUUUAGUCUUCAAGUCACACUGUUUCGAGCCAGUGGGUGAAAGAAAUAGGUUCAUGCAUUUAGCUCCACAUGUGUUCUGUACGUUGGUCAUGUUUUAGGUAAAUGCCUUGUAGCAAAAAUGCCAAGACGUUCUUAGGUAGACUGUAGUCAGAUUAUGAAGUUGCAUAUGAUAUAGACGUCUUCUAAAAAAUGGUUUUAAAGAGAAAAAGUUACUUUGAUAUAUUUUAAGUAUUUUUGUUUAUGAAUUAUGUUUGGAAUAUUUAAAGCUAGUUAAUGCUAGUUGACUGCUUCCUUUAUUGUUAAAGGUGGCAUCGAGAAGUUAAUAUGCAUCGUGCACGGCCGUUUACUGUCCUAGUCCUAGAUGUAAACCAUACACACGUGUUAUAAUGUCUCUCCCAAUCAGAACCGCAGCUUUUGUCUCACCACUUAUUUUUGACACGUUUAUUUGUAUCUGUCGUAGAGCUUUCUCGCGAAUUUCUUCAGUAGUAUGUCUAACCGUAUACUGGAUAGGCAUGCAGGCCCUGCAUCUCCCGCACAGUGAAUUCAUCUCGGUUGCCCAGAUCGAGAGAGGGCCGGUGCUGUGACCUCUACUAAUAGGCGUCGCCACAUCUCCCGGCCCGGCAUAUCAACGCCAUCUAGUGGCCGUUGUGAGCCUCGUUGCGAGGGUGAUCACAUGCCUGCUCGUAGACGUCGUGUCAUAUGUGUUUCCCAGUCUCUCGGGUGCUGUCAACGGCAGUGCUCAGCUUACCAGUGUUAGCUAGGGUCCUGUUUCAUACCACUGUUGAUGGGCUCUGGAAGCUGCAUUUUGUAUUUAGUAUUAGAGAUAACUGAGUGUGAACAGUUGUAUCCGUUAUAAAAUUAAUAAUACUAUCACAAAAAAUUGUUCUACAAACUUUGUUGUGCAAAUCAAUACAUAUUACACGGAUCUUGCUUUCUG